UAAAAAUACAGUAAUAUACUGACUGUCAGACUCAACGCGCUACGAACUGGACGCGCCGACUAAGCAUUUUAUUCCAGCAGACACCAAUGUUUUGUAUGCAUCAUUCUUAUUCGCUUUCCUUGGGUGAAAUCAUCUUUUCUCAGAAAUACUGUUGUUCCGUUGCGCGCUACAACUUCGUGACUUCCUUGCUCUAGUGUACACACAAUUUUUUCGAGUGGUGUUCUAUUUCUAUAAUCCGUCCACUUUACCAUUUUAUGGUAAAAAGUGCAAUACCUUGUGAUUGAUAUGCAGUGAUAAUACAGACAGGUGGUCACGUGCGGGUAUAAUUGUAGUUUUUCUCUUCGUUCCAUCCCCUUUUCUAUCAAGUUUUUACCCUUAAAAUUGUUGUCCAUUUUCUUCUCAUAUUUUUCUGUGUUGUUGACAUGUUUUCCUUUUUUCUUAUGGGUUUUUGUGGGUGAGUCCGGCUCCAUUUUGAGUAUUUCGCUGCUAAAAAACGUGAAAACCUGCGACCCGGCCAUAUUUCCUACGGCAUUUCUCAAACGGUUUGGUAAUGACACAAAUCGGAAUACGCAAAACUAUCCCCACGCUGUUAUUUUUGGUAAUCACUGCUAGACUCGAUGAAGCGCAUAAGUCCCAGGAGUCUGAGAACGUUCCCACCUCACAGGAAGCGUCACCAUUCGAUGCUGAGUACCUCGAUAGAGUCUGGGGAGGACUAUCGUGGAAGAGGGAACAUGAAAUGGAAACUUUGAAUAUAACACUUCAUCUCAAAAUACAUCCUAUUAACCCUACUGCUUUGCUAUGGGAACCGGCUACAGCAAUCGCAUCUUACUUGGAAGAAUCUUGUGAGGAGAAUAAUUGGGUCCGCGGGAAAAAAGUGCUGGAGCUGGGGGCGGGGCUUGGCCUCCCUGGCCUUGCUGCUGCGUGUUUAGGAGGAAACGUUACGGUCACAGACAAACCGGAACUUUUACCCUGGCUACAGCACGGCAUCGAUCUAAAUCUGAAGAGUAUUCAAAACACCUCGGGAGAAAUUCGAGCUGAGGUAUUAAUUUGGGGCGAUGACGAAAAAAUUAGGUCCAUGCCCAGGCAGGAUCUGAUUAUAGUGUCAGAAGCAAUCUAUGAUAUAAGUACUGUUGACGAUCUGAUCUCGACCAUUGGUUCGUCUUUCUCACGAUGACACGACGAUAAUAGUGAGCCAAGGAGUCUGGAUAGAGGGAUCGACUUUGGAAGGAGCUUGGACGAAGUUCUUCCACGAUUCCGCCGAAUAUUUUGAAUUUUCACCGUUACCUGUUGAGUAUGAUGAUUCUAUUUCGUUUGUAGGUAAAGUCCGGAAAACUUCAAACACGGAGGAAAAAAUAUCAGAAAUUUCACCCGAGCACACAGAAUUGUGAACAAUUUGUAUGUCACUCGCGAAGUCAUAUUCAGGGGCCAAGUUUUUCGAGUCAGGCUGCGGAAGUUUUUGGGGCAUGUUGACGAAGUUUCCGGUCAAGCUGCCGAUCCCUAGCCCCCCAGCUCUAAAAUUUUCUAUGAGGUAAUGAGAUAUUAAUCGGCUUUGAAUUAUCUUUGACGGGAGAAAAUUUACGAUAGUUUAAAUUUACUCCCAACACAUGUUCUCCUCCAAAAUACACCUUAUUGCAUUUCUAUUAAACGCGGCCCAAAUCUAGUCGUAACCCCGAACUAAAAUAACUAUACCGAAAA